AGCAUAGACAACGGGCGGCGUCACUGCGAGCGUUUUAGUUUAUGUUCGAACGUUGUUUACAGUAGUAGGUUACUAGUCGACUUGUCGGUUCUCAUGCCGAACAAACGCUUUGUAGAGCUGCCAUUGUUUGCCGGAAUAUGAUUCGUGCAUAGAACACUGCCUGCUGGAGCUCAGAGGUAUCGCCAGGAAAACGGACCGAUAGACGCGAGGGGUGUUUUUGCCCCGCUAGCUUUUUUGUAAUCUACAGUUUCGGACCAAGCGUCACUUUUUAGAAGGAUAUUUCAAGUUUUUUUAUGGCGUAAAAGUGAUUAAGUUCCAAGGAGUGGCAGAAAAGAAAAUUUUCUCCUGCGAAUAAAAAAACGUGUGAAACAACAACUUGCCAAAAGUUCAAACAAAAGUGAAUAUUUCGUAGUGGAAAAUACAAAUAAAAAUUGUGUGUAAGAUUUUUGAUCGUAGUUUUUUACAAUAUAGUGAAAAAGCACACAGUGUUGAAUGUGAUUGCAACAAGAAUUUAAUUCGAGAUUAAAUUCAAGCGCUGAAAUUACAUUUUUCAAACUGGUAGUGAAGGGUGGUGAUAACCACAUGACUAUCAGUAGUUCUUAUUCAGCAAAAGGAUACCUCGUUUUCUAGUAAGGAUUAUUCCACACAGCGAUUUUUCCGGCCGAUAUACACCAGCACUACAUUGUGAACAACAAAGCGAAGAUUAUUUCCACGUACGUUCCUAGAAAACACGCACAGGAACAUUAAAGAUUUCUUGCAAGAGUAAAAGCUAAAACAGCACCUUGACCAUGGGGGAAACAGACGAGAAGGACACAGCGCCGCCAACGGCAACGGAGAAGCCAACUACGGAAGCACCUGCCCCAGUGACCGACAUUCAGGAACCUGAACCGGAUCCAAAAGAAACGGAAAAAUUACUCGGUAACCGCGAGGAAAAAUCCGACGACAAGGAAACGGAAAAACCAACUGACGAGAAGAAGAAAAGCAGUGAAAAUGUUAACGGUACUGGCGAAGAGAUCAUCAAUAUUCCUGAGGAAUCCGCCAACGAAACUGCCAAACCAGAUGAAGAGAAAAUCAAAUCCGAUAAACCGAACAAAGUGCAAGCCGAGGAACGAGAGGUUAAACCGAAAAAAGUUCCCGCUGGUGCCUUCAAAUUGCCUGGAUUUUUCAAUAAAAACAAAGGUAAAGAAGCAGAUGGAGCCGAUAAUGAACUACUUGAAAAACAAGACACGGAAAAAGAAGUAAAACCGGCGGAAGUGGAAGAAAAACCAAAACGGGCUGGAUUUUUUGCCAAUUUGCGCCUGAGGAACCCAUUCGCCAAGAAACCGGCAGAACCAGCAGAGCCUGAAGAGUCGAAAACCAAACCGGAAGAAGAAGAAAAUGACGAGGUAACGGCCGAAGCUACCGACAAAAAAUCAGACGAAGGGGAAGCCGUAGUAGAGAAAAAAGACGAGGAGACAGCCGCGCAGGCCCCGAAAAAAGGUCUUCUAGAUGCACUGAAAGUUCCUCUGGCCAGUAUAAUUCCAAAACGAUUUAAAUCUGGAACAGGCGAGACUGAAGAUGAUCUGGAGCUUGGCAAGAGACCGAAAAAUCAAGCUGGUCUGGCAUCGAUGGAAACCUUAGAUGAUUCAUUGAAGGAUACGGAACAAAAAGAUACAGUAGAUAAAGCUGCAGCCGUAACCGCUGCCAAUGGAACAGACUCGGAAGCGCUAGUGAAGCCAGAAGAAAAGAAAGACACCGAAAAGGAAGAUGCCGAUGAACAGACGCCCUCGAAGUAUCCUUGCUUGGAACGAAUUCGGAAUUACAAGUGUUCCGUCGAUGAUAUUGCCAUAAUCACUGGAAUUUUCGUGUUCCUACUAUUACUCGCACUGAUCAUCGCAUUUACAUUCAUCGGCAAAGGCGAACCGGUAACGGCACCGGUUCGUGACGGAAAGUAUAUCGAAACGGUAACUUCGUGCGGCAAGGUAGAAGGAAUUCUUGAGGAUGGGGCAUUCGCAUUCCGUGGAAUUCCGUAUGCUGUACCACCCCUCGGCCCUCUUCGUUGGAAGGCUGCCCAACCAAUCGAAAACAUCAACUACUGUUGGAACGAAACGCUGAAGGCACAUAAUUCGACGCCGGUCUGCUGGCAAUUCUACGCUGAUGGAAAAAUAGACGGAGCCGAAGAUUGUCUGACGUUGGAUGUGAUCACGCCGCACGUUCGUUACGACAAUCCUCUGCCAGUUGUGGUGCUUAUCGGUGCCGAAUCAUUUACCGGAGAUUCGCCUGGUAAACUGCGUCCCUCUACCCGAUAUGCCCGCGCUCGUGAUGUUAUAUUCGUGCGUCCGAACUUUCGACUGAACGUAUUUGGAUUUCUCACGUUAGAACAAUUAACCAAAACUGCUCAUCCACCUACCUCAGGAAAUUAUGGCCUUUCAGAUAUUAUCGCUGCACUAAAAUGGGUUCAGUUGAAUAUUGCUCAUUUUGGCGGUGAUCCAAAGUCCGUAACUCUUUUCGGACACCGAGCUGGAGGAACUGUUGUUGCAGCCCUUGCAUCAUCCAAUAAAACAACUAAACUUUUCGCCCGAUCAUGGAUAUCUUCCGCUGCGGCCAUUUUCCCAGGAAAACCACUGUCUGACUCUGAGAAAGCUAACGCCGCCUAUCUUGGACGGAUCAAAUGUACAGAUGCUACUUGUCUCCGAGAAAAGGAAGACGAAGAUGUACUAGAUGCCGUACCAGAUACUUGGAGAAGAGUUUUCCCUGACCUUCCUUCAAAAGACGAAAACACUACCGCCAACCAUGAAUGGCUCUCUCUUGAUGGCCGAAUACUCCAACAGCACCCGGCUGAUGUUUGGAGUUCAGAAACUGGCAUGCUAAAGUACGUGAUUGGUACAACUGCCCACGAAAGCCAUUCAGAGAAGCUACGUCUUAAAUAUACCGAGUGGACACCAGAAUUAGUUACCAAGCACGUCAAUGAAAGCAUGAUUGGUAAACUUGGUCUUACCAGCGAAGCCAUAGAACGAUACAACGCCACCUAUCAAGGACUAGUAUCGAUGAUCUCCGAUAUUCGAACGGUGUGUCCUUUGUUAACAAUCGCCCAGAAGCUACUAACGUCGCAAUUCUAUGUUGUAACACAAACCGGAGGUGAACUGAACAUCGCCGAUGUUGACUCUGACAUACAAGCCAUUCUAGGUCGCUAUGAACCGAAAACUCCCGAGCAAAGACGUUAUGUCUCCGCCAUACAGCAAUUAUUCUAUCAUUAUGUCUCACAUGGUGAAAUCAAAUCCGAGCUGCGGAGAAAAUUGCUCGAUAUUGGUCAAGAUGCAUUGCCCACCUACAAUACUUCGAACUGCGAUUUCUGGAUUAAGAACGACGUUGUUCCACGAUACGCACGGCUAGAUUAAAACUAGAGGUGUUGUUCUAUAUAAUGGCUAGGCUGAAACAAGUUUGAAAAAGGAACCAGUUAUUUGUAUUCGUUCGCUUUUGGAAUGGUGAUCGAACAAAUUAUUGCAUGGAAAUUAAAACAAAUCAGGCCAAAAUUUGACCAUUUUCUGCUUCCUUCACAGAUGGUAGUUUUUGAAACAAUUUUUUUUAUAAUUGCCUAAUUUUAUGGGCGAACCUCUUUAUCGUCUAUUUUCCAGUAUUAUCUAAAGUUCGUUUCAGAACAAUUUUGACCAAAAAUAUCGCGUAGAUUUCAUCCAUCAUCUUUUCAUAAAUGAGCAUAGGACAAAUAUAACCAUUUUUGAACAAACUUUGACAUUUACAUUAUUCCUUUGAAGGAGAAAAAGUAGAAGUUUAUAACAUUCAGAUAAAAUAAUGAACUACCCACGCGUGUUUUAGCGAUAGUUAGUUCCCUAAUUUGAAAUACAUUUAUUGCUAAUCUAAUAAAAUGGCUGUAAAAAGUUAUAGCUUUUAUUACAAAACAAAUAUGCUAUGAAAACGUUUCAAAAUCGUAAUAUAUUAAACAAAUCUCAUUAAUUUAUAGCUAAAAUGUGGUGUAGAGAAUCCUUCAAUCAGGAUCGACAGAACAGCUAGUACGAAAAACGUGAAAAAAGAGAACAAAGUGAAGAAAACAAUGAACAGAAUAGAAUGUAUGAAAACGACACACUAAGAUAAGGAAACUACUGUGUAAUGCAUAUUGUUGUAAUUUAUACCUCUAUGUAAUAUGUAAUUAUUAUGUACUAUUUUUGCUUUUUUAGUUCCAUGACAAUUUAGUGAUCGUUUAAGUAAGGCAACUUUAAUUUGUCCCUCCUGAUUACUGAUAGACACGUUAAGACGAUAGUUUUAAAAAUGGGCGAGUUUAAAUGAUUCAUCACAAGAGUAAGUUUUACACAAAACUAUGUUUAAUUUGUUUUAGUAACCAGCCUGAACGUUUACAUUCAUACAAAAAGAACAAUAAGUUUAUAUUCAAAGUACAACAAAUCAGUGCAUUUCAUUUUGUAAAAAAAUAAUACUCAGCUCAACAAUAUUCAAUACAUAUACCCUUGCCGAAAUAAUUAUGUUCCAAUAUAAUCUGGAGAGCAGUGCAUAUACAUGACAAGCGCGUCAAAUUCGCAUUUCGCUACAUGUAGUAAUAUGAUCGCAAUGUGUAAAGAGCUCGAGAAGAAAAGCUAGAAAUAUACAUUCGUCUUUUGGGAUUGUAGAAA